UUAGUACAGAGUUAUGGGGCUGCCAAAUACAGCCACUUGGCAAGUUGUGUAUCUGAAACUUUGAAAUUUCCAUCUCUAUCACCAAAGAAGGAAAACGAAGAACCAGAAGAAAGGCCUGUAGAUUUCAAAUGAAACAUCCGCAUCAUUUGGAUAAGAAAGGCCUUCGCGAUUCUUCUAUCUAUUAAUUCCUGAUAAUUCAUAUAUUUUGAUUUAAUGAUGUAUGUAGGGCCCUGUUUCUUCUAAAUAAUUGUGUUGUUCAUAGCCUUCCAAAACGAGAGAGCAGCAAGAAAUCUGCCAUUCAAAUUAAGAUAACGCCUGGAUUCAAGAAUCAUCAUCAUCAUCUGCCCAGGUAUCUGAUUGCAAAAGUUUGUCCGAAAAGGGGCUUCUAAAUAGGAAUCAGGUCAUCAGACAUGUGGAUUGUUUGGAACAAUUCUUGACAAUGUUAGAACCUUCCGUUCCAACAACGUUGGUUCAGCAACCUGCUGAUGACCCCACAACCAACAAACCUGCGGAAAACUUUGUAACAUGCAUUCACAAAGCGAAACUUGUAGAUAUAGUUUGCAACAUAACUGUAACAUGGGCCAAGACUGUGAUUGGCCACUCGCUUUACAUCACGGUGGAGAACCCUCAGGAUGAUAAUUACUACACAUGCAAGAUUGAUCUCAAGACCUGGCAGUUUUGGGGCAAGAAGGGUCUGAAAACAUUCAGAGUUGCUGAGAAACGCAUCGAUGUUUUCUGGGAUUUAAGGUCUGCAAAGUUCACCGAUAGCCCUGAGCCAGACUCUGAUUACUAUGUUGCAAUGGUGUCCAGAGAAGAGCUGAUCUUAUUGUUGGGUGAUCAACAGAAGGAGGCGUUGAGGAGGACAAAGUCUAGGCUGCCCUCAGAAGACGCCUCGCUAGUGCAGAAGAAAGAAAUCGUGUUUGCAAAGAAGUGCUUUUGCACGAAAACAACGUUAGGCCAGGACAAGGAGCAUAGCAUUAUAAUCGAGUCUUCUCUGUCCGGGCCUUAUGACCCUGAAAUGUGGAUCAGCGUAGACGGGAUGGAAUCAAUUCGAGUGCCAAAUUUGCAUUGGAGAUUCAGGGGAAACGAAACAAUUUUGGUGGAUAAUUCUCCUGUGCAAAUCUUGUGGGAUGUGCAUGACUGGCUGUACAACGGGAACCAUUCAGGUGUGGGCAUUUUCGUCUUUAGAAGAGAUGCGGAUGAAGGUGAAUUUCAUAGCAGUAAUAUUGAAGCUGAAGAUUUUGGGAAGAGUUUUUGGGAUGUGUUAGAAGAGCAGCCUUCUUCAGUGGGAUUCUGCCAUUUUCUUUAUGCUUGGAAGACUGAGUGAGGGGAUUUUUAUGGUGUACAAAAUUUCAGAAGUAUGUCAACAGUUUGCAGUAAAGAUUUGUUUCUGUGAGUUUGUAUUGCUUUGUAUUUGUUUAUGUGAUAGUGUUAAAUCUUUUAGCUUU